AUGAGGUACCAAGGCAGGGUAAGAUCCAUGAUGCUCUCUGUGCAUAUAUGUGAAGUACACACACUACAUCAGAUUUAAUCAUGUGUACAUUUACAGCUACUUCACAGUUAGACGUGAGAUUCAUUCUGCUGUAACGGAGAAAAGCGAAGCAGAACAAUGAGUCACUUGAGUUUUGUUCAUGCCUCUGUAUGAGUCACUGUGUAUUUUGGGGUUUGUAGAGGCUUUCACCCUAGAAGCCCUUAGAGUGUAAACUUGGUAUUUUCCACCACAUCCAUUACUGGCACAUCAAUGGUAAAGAGCCAGCUGUGGUACCAGAGCAGCUCGCCCUGGGACAGAGUGGUGGGGCAUGCCUUAUAAGGAAGACAAUCCCAAUGUAGUCGGCCCAGCACAGCUUAGUCAUGGGGCCUGGAGCCAAGUCCCACUUUGUGGUUAGAGUCCUCACUGGGUGUCACUGCUGCUACACCUAAAAAACCUGCAGUUAUUAGUGAAGCUGCCACACACCCAGGGUCAAAUUCCCCAUUAAGCACUGAAGGACUCUGUAGAGCCUGUCUGUUAAAUCAGACUCUCACUUCUCUGAGAACCAAGCCUCAGGUCAGUCCUCUAAAAACAAAGCUGCAAGGAUUAUACUGAAUCUAUCCAAAACAUGGAGCCCCAGAGCUACCUCCACUACCAGGGUCUCCACAAAGGUGGAGCACAUCCUUGAAGAUUUCCUCGAACACACUGUUUCCAAGUUUUGAGAGUUUCUUUUUGAAGGAAAGUGAUUCCUCUCCACAUGUUAUGGUAAUAAAACUCCUAAGGUUAUGAAAAAUGCAACAUGUGACCGCUGAAGACAAUGAAAACAGUGUCUGCAGUGUUUCAAAGUUGUUUUUGGUUCCUUAAGAGGACACAUUAAAUGCUGGCUCUGUUAGGGUAAAAAGGAAGAAACAAGUCAGCACGGCAAGACUACGAAACAAGUUUGUGUUUUUAUUGUUACCAUGGCAGCUGCUUCACAUCUCUGUAACCACACAGCACAGCACAGAUAAACACAGAAGGUCUAGAAUCAGUCAAAGACAAAAUGAUAUCCUCAUGCCAAUAAAGUCAAAGCUUGGUAUUGUAGGUCAGGGUCUGCAGCUACGAAAAGUUGAUGUGUAUGCUGCACACAUGGCCAUGUUUUCUGGAUGUCUUUGUGUUAUUUAAGUAUUUGGAUUUAGCAAGAAAUUAAUCUGUAUCCUUUCUCCAUACACUGAUCUGCCAUGACACUAUGACACCUGCUUGUUUAGAUCCACCCUCCGUUCCGGUCAGGACCAAAACAGCCCUGACCUGAUAAAAUAUGGACUCCACACUGGCCUAUGAAAGUGUGCUGUGGUAUCCAGCACUAGUACAAUAAUAGCAGGUCCUUUAAGUCUUGGAAGAUGUGAGAUGGGGACUCUAUGGAAAGACAUGGCAGUCCAGCACAUCCCACAGAUAGAAGAAGAUCUUGUCCGAACAUAAGGCAAGCGCUAAAAUAACUUUCGUAGAUGUAGCCAUCUUGUUUCAGGCCUUCGAUUUUGCUUUUUUCCAACUUGGUAACUGAAACGCUGGGAACUUGGGUGUGACGUCAUUUUCAGCUCCAACAUCUGACUUCCGAGGUAACUCGAACACAGCAUCAAGACACCUUGAGUGCACAACUUGGACUCAUGGUUGUGCUACUCUUUCAUUGCUUCAGUCCAGUUGUGAUGAAACCAUUGAAGGAGCUGUCGGUGGUAGACCAGGGUCAGUAUGGACACUAUGACCAGUGUGCAAUAACUGUGACACAAUGUGUGUUUUUGUAACACCAGUCACUUGACCUCCAGUAGCUCUUUUUUUUCGGACCCUGUUGCCAGUUUCUUCUGAGGACACCCCACAAGAGAUGCAGUUUUGGAGAUUUUUUUGUUCCAGUUGUCCCACCGUCAGAGUUUGGAUCUUGUCAAAGAGACUUAUCCUUAUGCUUGUCCAUUUUUGCUACUUACAGCGCAUCAACCCACUGACGGGUGCCACCACAGACAGAAAAUCAGAGUUGUUUACUUCAUGUGUCAGAGGUCAUAAUGUCACAGCUGGUCUGUGUAUGAUCCACAUUUUAUCUAGUACGUAAAAUAUCACCUGACUUACCUACUUUCUAGUUUUGCACCUCUUCCUGCAAGGUGUCAAAAAUGGAAGAAUUCUUGAUAACUUGUUGUGCAAAAAAGAGAACAUACUCUCUGUGUUUUAUGUCAAAACAUGCACAGCAAAAAAGCAUAGAGGCAUUCAGUAGUUUCUGCUGAUAUCCCGUCCCAAGCCUGACCCCGGCAUUCCUGAGCUGUAUCCUUUGGAAAAUCUGACUGUGGACUGUAAUUACUAUCCGAGGGAAACCCACCUGCAGGAGUGGGAGAACAAUACACCAAGGUGAAGCAGAGAGGAGGGGCAGUAGUGGAAGCGUCCUCUGACUUUCCUUUGCUCCAGCUUCUUGGCUGUCUUCCACUGUUGUCCCCUUGUUUUUUUAAGCAUUUUCCUGCUUCAGAGAUAAUGACCUUUUACCGGUAUUAAACAGCCAAAUGAGUCCCUCGAGAGGUUCGCCUUCAAGAACAACAGAAGUUCUGUAGAAGGCUAGCCCAAUUGUUCCACUUUCUGCUUGUUUUUUUUAGACAAAAAAGACAACAGGGCUUCUGUCAUAAAUGAAUCUGUGGUAUUGAUGAUAAAGAGCAGCUGCUUUGGCAUGUGUUGUCAGCAUCGUUGAUGCGCUGUAUCAGUAUCCUGAUAUUUUAUCAUCUUGUUGCACACUGUGAUUUAGGUUAUGUGAGUACAAUCUGACUUUAGGGCAUAUCUGAGUAUUUCACUCAGCACACUGUUAAUUAUUUCCUGUCUGCACCUUCAAGUCUGCAGUCACACUCAGGUUUACAUGUGCACACACUUUCCUAGUAACGCUGGUUGAUCCCGGCUGACGAUAAAGAGCUGUGUGUACUGUUCAUACAUCAUGAUACUCUGUCUCUCUGCUGGGUUAUAAAGGAGUCUAUCCGGUCUGUUUAUGAUUGAGAUUCCUGAAAUGUCUUCACUGUUUAGUCUUGGCUCUGGUGUAACUUUCCUCCUCCGUAUAUUUACAUAGUGUUGUUUUGGUGAUGUGGUUAUUAAGUCUUGAGGCACUAGUUUUCUUUUCAUAAAUUAAUUCUCUGUUAUGAAAUUUUAGUGGCAGUUAUUGUGACACCAAAAAACCAGAUGUUCACUUUUUCAGAAGUGGGUGACUUAAUCACGUAUGAAUGGGGAAAAGGGCCUAUAGUGCCCCCUGCUGGUAUGAUUGUAAUUAUAUAAAAUGUCAGUUUAGUGUUAUUGAGAGAAGCAGGUGCUGUUAUUCUGUAUUUCUGUAACAUUUCUCUGGCUCUCUCCCCACAGGAGGUGGACAUUGAGGGAAGGGUGCGCCUGGUGAUGGAGAGCGCCCUGACUGCGCGGGACAGGGUGGGGGUGCAGGACUUUGUCUUGCUUGAAAACUACAACAGUGAGGCAACCUUUAUUGAGAACCUGAGGAGGCGUUUCAGAGAAAACCUCAUUUAUGUAAGACUGCCAGUUUUUAUUCACACACUCGAAAAACAUCUCAGCUGGUGUGGUGAAACAUAUUUCAAUGUGUUCUAAUGUGUUUGGCUCAGACAUACAUUGGCUCAGUGUUGGUGUCGGUGAACCCUUACAAAGAUCUGGAGAUUUACUCCAAGACGCAGAUGGAGCGCUACAGAGGGGUCAGCUUUUACGAGAUAUCACCUCACAUGUGAGUCACUUUAUGUUACAUUUUUUUAAUACAUUCAUAUAUACAUUUCAUUGAGAGCAUUUAAUAUUAUGUGUAACCAGUUUAUAAGAGGAUAACUCUUAAAUUCUAUUUGAUCACAGGGAAUUUGCUUAAUGGCUGGGCAAUUGAGCGACCAGUAAACUCUUAAAAUCGAUUCUAAAUCACACAGGGGGUCAGUGGGAGGAAGCAGGGAUAGGCGCGAUGUGAUGUUGUCUGUUAAAACUAGUGAGGGCAGUUGAAAGAAAACAUCAGUUUUUGUAAUGUUUAAUCUUAAAUUUCAUCUGGAGUGUUGCACAGCUCAAUAUAUGUGUGGAAAAACAAUGCAUAAAUAAGGAUACAUAACAAAAAGAUUAGGUAACACUUUAUUCGACACCUAUCUCUAUAACGCAUUAUAAAUAUAUGUAUAAUGCGUUAUAAUCAUGUUAUAUCACUGUGUAACUAUAGUUAUAAACACUCAUAAAUGAUCUUAAUGCUUUAUAGCAGAAAUCAUAACACAUUAUAAUACCUGACCUUGUAAGUCAUGAUAAAAUGCUUCAUAAUGUGUUAUGAUUAUUGCUAUAAAACAUUAUGAUCAUUUAUGAGUGUUUAGAACUAUAGUUAUACAGUGCUGUACCAUGAUUAUGAUGCAUUAUAAAUUGCAUUAUAAAUAUAUUUUUAAUGCAUUAUAGAGAUAGGCGUCAAAUUAAGUGUUACCAAAGAUUAGUAUCAAUUUAUCCUCCAAUUUCAUUUGGGAAAGAAAAUAUAUCAGUAUUGUAUAUUUUCCAGAUUUACUGCUUUCACCUCCAUUAUUUGUCUUACAUAAUUUAUGAGGUGGUUAUGAAAUAAGGUAAUUGACUUCAAUGAUUGAUUUAUUGCAUCAUAAAAAAUAUGAGAAACCUGUUACCAGUUUAAUAGAUCAGCUAUUACUGCAAAUCAAAGCACAGUUUCUGUUGCGUUUUAAUGAUGUUUUGAGCCACUAUUUUUCAGUGUGUGUGGCUUUUGUGUUGUUCUUUAGCUAUGCACUGUCAGACAACACUUAUCGAGCCAUGCGCACAGAGAGGAAGGACCAGUGUAUUCUUAUAUCGGGUGAGAGUGGAGCAGGUAAGACAGAGGCCUCCAAGAAGAUCCUCCUCUACUACGCUGUUACCUGUCCGACCAAUGACCGCAUGGCUGCUCUUGGUGACCACCUACUGCAGUCCAACCCAGUUCUGGAGGUAUUCAACCAUAUGCCUUUUAAAGUUAAUAGUUAUUGUCCCAAUAAAAGCACAGUAAAUAUAUUCAACUCUUGCAUUCUUUUUUUACUUGUUCAUCCUGAUUCCCCUGCCAACUUACUGACACUGUUUUUCCUGCUUUGUUAAGGCAUUUGGUAACGCAAAAACACUGAAGAAUGACAACUCCAGCCGCUUUGGGAAAUACAUGGACAUCCAGUUUGACUUUAGGGUAAACAUUUUUUAAAGUUCUGUAUAUUGAAGCUGAAACAUUCAAACCAACACAGUGUUGAACCUGCUUUUCACUGUGCUUCUGCCCUUGUUGUUUUUCUAAUACCUCUCCUAGGGGACACCAGUGGGCAGUCACAUCAUGAACUUCCUGCUGGAGAAAACACGAGUCGUGUACCAGAACCAAGGUGAGAGAAACUUCCACAUCUUUUAUCAGCUCCUGGACGGAGGAGACGACGACCUGCUCAGAAGACUCGACCUGGACAGAAACCCUCAGAACUACGACUAUCUGGUCAAGGUCUGUGUGGGGUUCAAGUUUUAAUGAAAUAUUGAUCUUUGAACUGUUAAUAAUAUAGCUUGUUGAGCAUUAAAAUUAUCUUUUUAAUAGGGCAACUGCCCCAGACUCAGCUCUGUCAGUGACAAGAACAAUUGGAAAACAGUGAUGAAGGCCCUGUCUGUCUUCGGCUUCACAGAGGAGGAAGUGCAGGUCAGUAACACGGCAUAUUAUAAGUUCUGUUUUCUUUCCCUCAGGAUACAAGCAUUAUUGUAUUUUGUUGUUUAUGUUCAGUGUUAUAGAACUGAAAUGAGUUUUCCCUUUAGUUCUCAUUCUGUGUUCACAAGUAUAUUUCUGUGGCUUUCUUGAUUAUGCUAUUUAGUUACAACAAACCAUUAGUUUAUCAAUGUAGUUGUGAUCUGUGUUUCCUCUGUCCAUCCACAGAUAUUGCUGAACAUCAUUGCUGGUGUUCUCCACUUGGGCAACAUUCAGUUCGGGGAAGGGGAAGACGGAGAAGCUUAUAUCACCACUGAGACUCGCUUGAACCAUCUUGCAGAGGUCAGAACAAUCCCAAUAGUAUAUUUGGAUGUUUAGAUAUCCGCAAAAACAAGCAAAUCUGAGCACAGAUGUGUCGUUGUUUUGCAGCUGCUUGGUAUUGAUAGCUCAGCCCUCGGGGAGGCACUCACUCACAAGAAACUCACUGCCAAAGGAGAGGAGGUGAUGGCCUCAGUGUCCCUGUUCCUCAUGCAUUAUGUUGUUUGUUGUGUAAGAAGACAUGAAAUGACUUUAUGCCUGCUUGUUUGUUUGCACUACAGAUGAUCAGCCCUCUAAAUUUUGAGCAGGCAGUGUCUGCCCGUGAUGCCUUGGCCAAGUCCAUGUAUGGACGGACCUUCUCUUGGCUGGUGCAGAAGAUCAACCAAUCACUGGCUCCAAAGGUGCAGCAGCAUUGUUACAGAAAAUUUCAUUACGGUCUUUAUUUCUGCUGUGUUUUAAUACUGUCUUAAUGUCUGCAGGAUGAAAUCUACCACAGCAACAAAGGCUCCUCAGUCAUUGGGCUUCUGGACAUCUACGGCUUUGAGGUUCUUCAACACAACAGGUAUAAAUUUGAUUGAUUUUUCCUCUUAAUUUUAGAUCUUUCUUUGCACUUCAUCAGUAUCUGUAGUGCAGGGAACUGGACUGACUUCAGUUCUCUCCCUCUUGUGUUGUAAGUUUUGAGCAAUUCUGUAUCAACUACUGCAACGAGAAGCUCCAGCAGCUGUUCAUUGAACUCACUCUGAGGUCUGAGCAGGAGGAGUAUGAGACAGAGGGAAUUGCAGUGAGUCACUUUCUGGUUGAGAUUCAAAUCCGUGAGAUCAAUUACAUAUUGAUAGGCGUAUGUCACCUCUAACAGGACAUAGUUCUUCAAAUGUUCCCCUCUUUUUCCAGUGGGAGCCGGUGCAAUACUUUGACAACAAGAUCAUUUGUGACCUGAUAGAAGAGAAGCACAAAGGCAUCAUCUCUAUCCUGGUACGCAUGACAACUCCAUGACAUGACAUGUUGUCUUACACCUUGUUACUGUGAGUGAAGUGAACCAGUGCGACUUUUCUCUCAGGAUGAGGAGUGUCUUAGACCUGGAGAAACCUGCGAUGUCUCCUUUUUGGAGAAACUGGAGGAUACACUGGGUGGCCAUCCCCAUUUUGUCACGUAUGAGCCAUUUGAUAUCACUUUUUUCAACUUACAGUACAGUGGACUCUUUAAGUUUUAUCUUCUUACAUCUCCAUGUGUUUUUGUUUUCAGUCACAAGUUGGCAAAUGGAAAAACUCGCAGGGUCCUGAGCAGGGAAGAAUUCAGACUGCUGCAUUAUGCUGGAGAGGUCAACUACAAUGUCACUGGUAACCAAUAUUUCAUGAAUAAAUCAGUCAGAUUGCUUUUAAAUAUGUGCAUUUAUUCCCUUCUAGCUGGCUCAUCAAAGAGUGGCCUACAACAUACUGAUUUCUUGAUGACAAAAUAUCCUGUUUUUAUUCUCUGACUCAGGCUUCCUGGACAAGAACAACAAAUGGCUGAACAGGAACCCAAAAGAGGUGAGAACUCUGAAAUUAUGAAAAUAGGACCUCAUAACCACCUUUGUAAACCUUGUGAUGUCUGCCUUUACCUUUAAGGAGGGCGAGGGCGUGUGAUGUUGACAUGUGGUAAUGUGGUUUGGUCUCUGUCAGGUCAUGUGUCAGUCAGAAAACCCGAUACUGCGGCACUGCUUCCGCAGAAAGGAAGUGAUAGACCAGAAACGCCCAGUGACGGUGAGAGCUCUCUCUCGCUCCCAUUUUUACUCUCCCUCUUUGCAAGCACACAAAUUUCAGAGGAUUUCCCACAGUGUCCCACAGUGUUAUGUUUCUUUCCCCGUGUUUUUUCUAGGCUGCCACUCAGUUUAAAACCAGCCUGAUGAAACUUAAGGAAAUUCUUAUGUCCAAAGAGCCGUCCUAUGUCCGCUGUAUCAAACCUAAUGAUGCGAAGCAGCCAGGUACAUGAAAACAUCAUGAGAUGUACAUGGUUGUUUAUUUUGAUGUUGGUAGUUUCAAUUAAAAAGUGUUGAAAUAUGGAUUGAAACAUAGAUAUCUAUGCUUUAAUGCCUACAUGGUAAAAGAAAAUAACCUCCUGAUCAAUAAGUAUAAUAAUAUAAUACGUAAAUUGUUAUGAUAUUGUCAGUAUUUGGUCACCACCUGUUUCAUGAUAUGAAUGAUUUUGAUCUGCUCUAUUAAAAAUGCUCUGCAGUUUGACUGAAAGUGACAAUAACUGUCUUGGGAGCAUUUCAGUGGUAAUUAGACUGUACUAAUAAAGGGCUUGGUGCUUUCCAAACCAGUCACACACAUUCACACACUGCUGGUCAUGCCACUCAAAGAUUUGGAUUGGUGACUUGUCUUUUAUCUGUAAACAUUUGGCAAUACUUGAUGUUAAGGUCCUUUUAAUAAGCACAAAUAGCUUGUUGAUAAGCCACCUACAAGAUCUGUUAUGAUGUUUUUAAUCAUCCUGAAGUAUUAAUAAGGGUUUGUAAAAGCAUAAUGACCUGAAGACUUAGCAAGAAAGAUAAACAUCUAAUUCAAUUUUAAAAGUUGUGUACACCAUGAUUGGUAUUCAGGACCGUUGCAUAAAGUAUUACUAACCGUUUUACUGUUUCUAUUAUGGUUUAGUUCCCACCAUAUGAGUUUUGCUGAUCGCCAGUGGAUUUGAUCUCUUUCUGCAGAUAGGUUUGAUGAAGUCCUGGUCAGACACCAGGUGAAGUAUCUGGGCCUGAUGGAAAACCUGAGAGUCAGAAGAGCUGGCUUUGCCUAUCGGCGUCGCUUUGAGGCCUUCUUGCAGAGGUGACUCACCUUUCCGAUGAACGCGUUCAAGCCUCAAUCACUAUGUAUUCUCUGUUCUUUGUUUCGUCUUCUCUCAUUAUAAUUAUGCACAAAUAACCUUAGGUACAAACCUCUGUGUCCUGAGACGUGGCCUAAUUGGCACGGCAGACUAGCUGAUGGUGUCUCAACACUGGUCAACCACCUGGGCUACAAGGAAGAGGAGUACAAACUGGGCAGGUGAUGUGCUGUUGGAGAGUGUGUGAAUGUAUGGAGAGUUUGGUAGUGGUGCCCUGUGGACAGCUCAGUAUGAAAAAAAGUUGAUCAUGACAUUCUCAUCAUAAGGAAAUGAACAACAGUCUUGACCACAAAUUUCUGUGCCUGAUGUUUACAGGUCGAAAAUCUUCAUCCGCUUCCCCAAAACUCUCUUCACCACUGAAGAUGCACUUGAAGCAAAAAAGCCGGACAUAGGUGAGCAGCGAUAGUGGUUUUUUUUUUUUUUUUGUAUUUUGUACAUCUAUGUCAUGAGACAGAUGAAGUGCAGACAGUCAAAAAAAAGUGCUGGCAUGUUCUUCGACUAUUAUGAUUUAUUAUAUUAAUCUAGAAAAAAUGUUGCCAAAAAUGUAUAUAUAAUUUAAUGACUGUAUGUUAGUGUGCGUUUUUACUUUGAACUCAAAAUGACGAAACAUAAAACAAAUGAGACCCCAAAUCGUAUAUCACUGAUGUUGUACAAAUCAUUUGUACCCACGCACAAAUUAAUUUGCUAAAGCAUAAAUCCACCUGAAGUUUCUUUCUGCAUGUUCCAGCUUUGACCCUGCAAACAUCAUGGAGAGGCUACAGGGAGAGAGCAAAGUACCAGCGCAUCAGGAAUGCAGGUCAGAGCAACUCCCACCGAUGACUCCCUCGCAGUUUGUUUGUAGAUUUCAUAUCAUUGUGUAUUUGAAUUCUGCUUUUUUAAACGAACAUCAAUGACGGGUUUUUUUCAGGUUGAGCUUCCUUUGUUAUUAUUUUCCAUGCUCAUUUGUCUAGUCUUAAACUAUCUGUUUCAUCGUGUACUAAACCUUGGGAUGUUCUUUUUUCUGAGCACAAAAGAUCUCUCUGUGUUGACAUAUAUGCAUGUAUUUUGUAUGUACAGUGAUAGUGAUCCAGUCUGCGUGGCGAGGGAUGAAAGCACGCAGGAGGGCCAGGAGGCGGCGAGAGGCUGCUGAGAGAAUCCGCAGGUGAAGUUAGAAACUAUUCGCCUGCAUUUCUCAGCUAUGUUGUUCACUAUAAAGUAUUUGUACAUCAUGUAAAUUUGUAUUUUUUGUUCAGGUUCAUCAAAGGCUUCAUCCACCGACACGAGGAGUACGGUCCAGAGAAUGACUAUUUCCUGGAUCAUAUACGCUACUCAUUCCUCAAAAACCUACGUAACAACCUGCCUGAAAGUGUGUUGGACAAAAGCUGGCCAACACCUCCUCCUCUACUCACCGAGGCAUGUACAGUACAACCUAUAAACACAGAUCCUGACUGAUACUGUGCAGACAUAAUCCAAAAGAGUGAAUUCUUCAAAUCUCAAGCUGUAGAUUUACUGAUACAAAGUCGGCUUUGUCUGUUUCAGGCUUCUGAGCACCUGCGUAUGCUGCACAUGAGGAACAUGGUCAUGAAGUACUGCAGGAGGGUCCAGCCUGAAUGGAAGAAGCAGGUAAGUUGACAACAGAAAACAUGGCUUUGAUUCCUCUUUUAAAUAUGAAUGAAUAUGCUAAUGUGUUUUAAUUUUGCUCAAUAUUCCUCCUUUACUUUAGAUGACGCAGAAAGUUAUAGCAAGUGAGAUCUUCAAGGAUCAGAAAGACAGCUACCCUGAAAGUGUCGGAAGGCUGUUUUUGGACUCCAGGCUGGGUACAUGUCGACGCACGCAUUCAUUACAUCUGUACAUUCCUAAAACCCGACAGAAGAUAUAGCUAAACAUAAAAAAUUUACAGAGAUUUUCUUUUUAUCUGACACAGAACGAGAGCAGAUCAACCUGAAAGUCAUCCAGACCCUCGGCAAUGACAAAGUGCAGGUGGGACAGGUUUAUUUUUUUUAAUGUGAUAUUGAAAACAAGAUGCUUGAAAACCGUUCAGCUGCCUCACAGUAACAUUUCUGUCUUGUCAGUACGGUGUUUCAGUCAUCAAACAUGACAGGAGGGGCUACAAGCCACACCCUCGCCAGCUGCUCCUCACAAACACCUAUGCUGUGCUGGUGGACAGGACCAAGAUCAAACAGAAGAUCGACUAUUCAGCUCUGAGAGGUAAAAAUUAGUGUUGUAUGGAGAAGUUUUAGAGUCUUAAUUAAGUUAUCAGAUGAUUUCCCUCACUAUACGACUGCUUCAGGGCUAUUUCAUGAUUGUUACUUUUAUUGCAAAGAAGGAAAACUUGCAGAGGCUUUUCAGUUUUCAAAUACCUUCAUAAAGUGCAAAUACUGAGAAUAUUUCCACUCAUUGUUAUCUAGUUUUUUAUUAUUAUUAUUAUAUCAAUUCUUGUCUGGUUUCAAGUCCUUCAACAUUUAAUGUUUUAUGUGCUUGUAUUCAACCAGUAAACCUUUUUACUAUUUCACUCCUUUAGGACAUUUUUUUUCUUCAUACUUUUUUGCAAUUUUCACUUAAAAAAAAAAAACUUUUUACCAUUGAAACCAAAUGGGGAAAACUCUUAUACCCUCAGAAUAAUUUUACCUGCAAACUCUCUUUUGCUUUAAAUGUCCACAAUCUUUCAACCAUCAAUGUUGUAUUAAUAUGUUUUAUGUCUUCUAUAGUUUUUUUUUCAUAUUUCAACUCAUUUUCAGCUAUUUAUAUAGUUUUUUCACACUUUCUAUGUUCAGAUAUUUUCCUCAGUUUUUCACACUUUCUACAUUCAUACAGCUUCCUCUUCUUCAUUUUUUUCCACAGUUUCUACAGUCAUACAACGUAGUCUUCUUCUACUCCACCUCUUCAACGGCUUUUAAAUUCAUACUUUUCUCCUUUUCAAGCAGGUUUUCAUGGAUUUUUCGGCUUUCAGCAUUUCCAUGCAUUUUCUGCAAGGAAAUGCAACUUUUGUUGUUUUAUUUUGACCUGCAAAUUCAGAAUACUUAGAUUACUCUGUGCCCUCUUCAUGUACUUCUGCAGGAAUAUCCUCAGUAACCUGGUUUUAUUUGCUUUACAUACUUUUCACUAGCUUCUCAAAAAGGGAAACUUUUUUUUCUGACAGGAGAGGGUGAUGUUGUGCUGAACUGAAAGCUGAAAUUACUAAAUCAUAGUUUUUAUUCACUGGUCAUGGUGACUGUUUUCAUUUCUGGCAGGCAUACUCUUAGCUGUUAUUCUCUUCAAACAGGAAUCUCUGUGAGCUCUCUGAGUGAUGGGAUGUUCGUUAUCCACAUGCCCAAUGAGGACAAUAAGCAGAAGGUAUGGUUGCAUGAAACAGUUAUGACUUUAAAUUGGUGCCUGAUGGUGUGACUCCUCUAAAAGAAGCAGUGUGUCUCUCAGGGUGAUCUGGUGCUGCACUGUAACCACGUGAUCGAACUGGUGACCAAACUCUCCAUGAUGGCCAGCAAGGUCAACUAUGUCAACGUCAACCCGGGCAGGUGAGGCGUGUUACAGCACUCUUCUGUUGUGAGCAUUACAUACCGACCAAACAGGACUCAUCUUUAGUUUGUCUGUCUUUGUUACCCUUUCUGUUGCGUACAGUAUUAAGUUUGCAGUUUCUCGAGGCAAAGAGGGCAUCAUUGAUUUUGUUCGCGGAUCAGAGCUCAAGGUGACUAAAGGCAAGCGGGGACAUCUGCUAGUGGUGAGUCAGAGUCAGAGCCUGGUCUGAUGUCAUGUGUGGUGCCUGAAGGGAGGAAGGGGAAUUUUUUCUGAUUAAAAACAUCCGGGCAGCUGACUUAAUUACAUGUGAAUUCACUCUGCAGACGGCUCCCCGCAUCAACGACACAUGA